UAAUUCAGUGUUUACUGGUGCGGAAGAGAAUCCGUGUGACACGUUUGAAUCAAUCGUUGCUGUACGAUUGAUCGGCUCAGGCCGUGCGAGGUCGCACGUCGCCUUCACAGCGGGACCACUGAGGCUAAUUUGCAAGCAUCCACCGCGACGCGAGAUCCAAGUGAGCAAACGCUCGCUCUUCCUCGCCGUCUGACAAGAGGAGGAGGGUCGAGGGCGGAGAGAAAGCGAGGGAGGGAGGAGAAUCCACUCGGAAGGAGGCAAAGAAGCGAAAACGCGCAGGAGGAUGCUCAUCCAAACCAGACCAUCAUCUCGGAGUAACACUAAAAAUAUACACUGUUCUCUUUGAAGGGCAACAUUCCUACUUCUCUCUGGUAUUUUUUCUUUAUUUUUUGGCGGGGGGGCAGGGGGGAUUCCAGUUUUGAAGACCAUGAGUGAGGCCAAGAAGAGCGAGCUGGCCAUCCGGGAUGAAGCCAUCCUGCACCAGCAGCGCCGUCUCAAGCAGGCCACUCAGUUCACGCACAAGGACUCGGCUGACCUGCUGCCCCUGGACGGUCUCAAGAGACUGGGCACGUCCAAAGACCUGCAACCCCACAGCAUCGUGCAGCGCCGCUUCCUGGAGGGCAACAUCACGCGGCUGCGGGGCGAGGCCCGAGACCCCGCCGCCCACGUCCGCUCCCCGCUGGCCGGCACUGCCGGCGAGGACGAGGAGGACGAGCCGGCGGACGGCGAGGACGAGAGCGCCGACGACUCCUCGGCCGAGGAGAGCGAGAAGAGUCUCCAGUCGGACGACGACGAUAGCGGCGACGCGGCGGCGGCCUCGGAGACGACACGCCUCACGACUCUGCUCGUUCACUGCAAGUGCUGUGAGAGUGACGUGAAGGUUUCUUUAAACACCAGCAGUGCGCACAACCGCAUCUCGCCCUCCUGCUGCCAAAGGCUCGGCCUCUCGGCAACCGGCCGGGACGGAAGCGGCUCGGUGAGCGGUCUCAAGCUUCAGCUGGGCUCCAGGACGAUCCAGUGCUCUGCUUUGGUCCAAGAGGACGAGUUGAGCGAGAUGAGCCUCGGCCUGCACACUCUGCUCCGACUCAGAUGCUGUCUGGACUUGAACCGCCGGGUCUUGAAGCUAGGGGGCGUCGUCGAGGAGCUUCCCUUCUUGAGUGACGACAAACUCGGCAGCGCAAAGAAGGUGUGAGCGCCCCCUGCGGUUGUGCUCGCGUCAUCGUCGUCGUCGCGGCGGAAUGGGACCGCCCGGGCUGUCGGACCUCGAGUGUUGCACGUCGCCGGACGAGCAUUAGCCGCUGAAAAAUUACCCUCGUUGGAUGAGCCCGUGUGUGUUAAAUGGAGCUUUAUUUUUUUUAAUUGACUGAAUUGAGGCCGUUGAGCAAAAAAAUGGAAAUUUUGUGAUUGGGCUUCAAUCAAUUAAUCAAUUUUUAAUUACAAAAGGUACACAAAUCACUUGUUAAAGCGAUAAAUUCAUGUUUUCUGAUUGACUUUUUUCCUCGCCUGAAUGUUUGAUGCAAAGCGAAAUAUGAAUGAGCAAUUGUUAGCUUAGCAUUAGACCAAAAAACACACUGCCAAUGAGUCUACGUUUUUGACAAAGGCGAGCUAACUAGCAGUGGGCUAUGCCAAGCUAACGACCGCCACGACGCAUUCAGGCAGGAAGCGGCUGCGCUCGCGAAAAGUCAGAUCAAGUGUUUUGUCCUCCCGCUACCUCCUUGUCACACAAAGACAAAAUCAUUUUAAAAAGCAAUUAGCGGUUUGUUAGCAUCGACAUGCUAACGGGUGUCCACGUGAGCUCCUUUAGCCAGUCGCACACUUACCAACCGCGUCCUUUCAUAUUUCUCAAACCGAUUCAAAUUAUUCAACACAUUCAGGAAUCCUAGGAACAAUUUUUCACAUUCCCAAAUGUUCAUUUCCUUCACAAAUUCAAAAUUCCCUGAUAAAAUUCCCAAAUCAACGGAGAUGUUUGCCAAAUUUACAGUCUUUCUUAAAAUUUCAACCAAUUCAAACCAUUCCACAAUCAAAAAGAUGAGUUCAUUCAAGGUUACUAUUGGAUUAUCUGCAAAAAUUGCAUCUAGAUUAGUUGCACUUGUUAUGAUUAUUGUCCAGUCCCAUGGAGAAGUGAUCCUUUUUGUUGCUGUUCAAGAUCAUGCAACGUCACGCUCGGUGUGCGACUGGAUUUUCCAUUUCCUCCCAGUAAAAAUAGUCCGUCGGACGUUUAUAUCCGAGUCACACUCGGGAAUACGAAAACAUUCCACGUGCGUGACGUUGUGGCGUUCCGCAUGCAUGUUUGUGUACUCGUCUGAUGGCGUGAACCCCGGAAGUGCGUGUGUAGCGUGUAAGUGUGUGUGUAUGUGUGUUUUUCCGGCUCACACAGGAUGGAAAAAAAAAAAAAAAAAAAAAAAAAAGCCGAGCUGCCAAACAAGCUGCCUUCCCACGCCGCCUUUGUCACAUCUACAAAAGCUUUGCAUCUUUUUGUGAUCAUUUUGCGCAUUUUAGCACCUUUGAGACCUCGACGCUUUUCUUAGCCAACUUUGGACAAAGAGCGCCGCCUGACUUUUUCAUUUAGUUUUUAAGAAAAGCAAAAAAUAGCAUGGUAGGUUCUUGAAAACCACAGAUGUAUAGUUAAGCAAAUACAUUAUUUCAAUAAGCUAAAGAACGGCCAAAACGAUGACAAGUCAGUCAGUCGGUUAAAUUGACAAGUAUGAUGAUUUUCCUGACAUUAAAAAAAAAAAAAAAAUCCUCGCUCUAAAUCAAUUUGAAUAUCGCGGUAGACUGAAUGUAUUUCAGUUCGAAAAGAAACAUUCAAAUAGAAUAUCGUCACCGAAAUGCGUUUACCAGAUAAGCUAACAGCUAGCCUAGCUUCUUCACUUCUUCUUUGUAUUUUGCUCCGUGGCACCUUGCUGCCUCUCGCAGGUCAGUGCAGGAACUACGCCACACUUCUGGUCUCGCGCCGAGCGAGAUGUCGUAAAAAGACCCGCUUACAUUGAUGACCACUUGCUUUACACGCAAAUGUAAAUUGUUAAACAUCUGUGGUUGGCAGAUAAUUGGCGCAAAUGCUAAUUUCCUUUUCGUUUUACUUUUCGCCUUUCACGCUCCGUCUACCAGUGACGUUAUGAGAGAAUUUUAUUUUUCGUGUUUCUUCUUGCUCUUCUUCUGUAUAACAGUAUUUUCUCUGGCAGACAAAUAAAAGAUAUGUAUUCUGGCUA